AUGUCGCCACCGUCAUCGCCUCUGUUAUCAUUCCAGGCGCAAAAGUUCCUCACAGCCUACGCAAACACGUACUACUUAAAUGUUUGCAUUAUUGCAGAGAAAGGGUCAUGUGGCGCUGGUUUCCCGAGCCCGCUAGAUGCGAUGCUGCAUGGGCCCCGCGAGAAAAUAAUGUAUGUCAACUGCAUUCACACCGAUCCCAACAAACCGGAUGUUUUAGCAACUGUCGAUGUUGACCCCACCAGCCCGACUUACUGCAAGAUAAUCCACAAGCUUCGAAUGCGUGAAGUAGGUGACGAGCUACACCACAGUGGCUGGAAUAUCUGCAGCAGCUGUUAUGGUCAGCCCGGUAAGCGCGACACUCUCAUACUGCCCUGCCUCAUGUCGGAUAGGAUCUACUUUAUAGAUAUGUCCAACGAGCGGGCGCCCAAGAUAAAAAAGAUUCUGGAACCAGAGGAAAUGCACAAGUAUGGAGUGGCAACGCCACAUACUUCGCAUUGCGCACCCAAUGGGGAUAUCAUGAUUUCGACCCUGGGUAAGCCAAAUGGCGAUGGUCUUGGAGAAUUUAUCUGCAUCGACAAUAAGACGCUUGAAAUCAAGGGCACGUGGGUCAAGGGUGAGAAGAAGGCCAAGUUCGGCUAUGAUUUCUGGUAUCAGCUGCAUCACGAUGUGCUCAUUGCCAGUGAAUGGGGUGCGCCGAAAGUGUUCAAACGGGGAUUUUCGCCCGAGGAUCCUGAAAAUGAGGAGGUUUACGGACGAAGCUUGAACUUUUACUCAUGGAAGGAUAAAACACUUCAACAGACCAUCAACUUGGGGAAAGAUGGCAUAACUCCAUUUGAAGUUCGUUUUCUUCACGACCCUCUGAGCUGCGAGGGAUACGUUGGUUGCGCAUUAAGUUCGACAGUUUACCGAUUUUACAAAAAGGAUGGCAGCUGGGCCGCAGAUCAGGUCAUCAAAGUACCAUCUAAGAAGGUCGAAGGAUGGAUGUUACCUGACAUGCCUGGUUUGGUGACUGACAUCAUCAUAAGUUUGGACGACAAAUAUUUGUAUUUUUCAAACUGGCUUCAUGGUGACGUACGCCAGUACGAUAUAACCGACAGAGCAAAUCCAAAACUCACUGGACAAGUGUUUGUGGGUGGCUCUUGCCUAUCUGACUCUCAAGUACGAGUUAUCGAGGACAAAGAACUGAGCGAACAACCUAAGCCAGUAUUUAUUAAGGGUCGUAAACUUGAUGGCGCACCUCAGAUGCUUCAACUUAGUUUGGAUGGCAAACGAUUGUACGUGACAACGUCGAUUUUCAAACCCUGGGACAAGCAGUUCUAUCCAGAACAUAUGAAGGUUGGCUCCGUUAUGAUGAAAUUCGAUAUAGAUGUUAAGAACGGAGGAAUGAAACUCGAUACAAAUUUCUUGAUCGAAUUUGGCACUGAUAAAAACGACAUUUUGAUGGCUCAUGAAAUGAGAUAUCCUGGAGGAGAUUGCACAUCGGAUAUUUGGCUAGCAGACACUGCACACGCUUAA